GGCUAGUUUACCUCAACAUCGGGAGAGUUGUUGUCAGAUAACCGGACCGGAGCACCCACUGAGUGGAGCCACCUGCCGGCAUUCACGGAGAUGGUUUCCCUGCUGAUGCCGCUGCUGGGCAGAUUGGGCGCCAAGGCUGUCGAAGCGCUGGUGGUGGAGCUUUUGCGGGCGUGGGGGCUGGACAAGGCCCGCCGGAGGCUGGAGCGCCACCUCUCUGCCAUCCAAUGCGUCCUGCUGGGCGCCGAGGCCAAGAGCCACACAAACCCCGCUGUCCGCCGGUGGAUGACAGACCUGAAGACCGCCGCCUACCAAGCCGACGACGUCCUUGAUGACUUCCGCUAUGAGGCGCUGCGCCGCCGUGCUGCCCAGAUCCGCCCCCACUCCAUGGCGCACAAGGUGAUUAGCUACUUCACCGCUAAUAGCCCGGUUGUUUUCCAUCUCUCCAUGAGCCGGAAGAUGAAGGGUGCACUUGAAAUCAUAGAUCAACUGGUUGUGGAGAUGAACAAUUUCCACUUCCCGCAGCAUGCCGAGGCACCGCACGCCGACCAUCCGCAAACACACUCUUGUGUUGAUGAAUCAGAGAUUAUCGGUAGACAGGAUGACAAGGAACUAGUGGUGAAAACGUUGCUCGAGCAGUCCAACAACAACAGUAACAAUAACAAUGUCGUGGUACUCCCUAUAGUUGGUAUGGGGGGAAUUGACAGUGAUGUAUGGAAGAAUGAGAUCAUCAAAACUACUGGGAUUGUACCUGCACUACAACUAAGCUAUGAUCACUUGUCAUCGGAAGCUAAACUAUGCUUUACUUUCUGUGCUAUUUUCCCCAAGGAUUCCCCAAUGGAUAAAGAUUUAUUAAUCCAACUAUGGAUGGCAAAUGACUUCAUCAUAUCAGAAAUAAAAGGCCAAGAAAUUUUCAAUGUGCUAGUUUGGAGAUGUUUCCUACAAGAUGUUGAGAUUCGGAAGAAUCUACCAUCUGCAUUUGAAGACAGGUUCAUCCAGCAACCAACUACUUGCAAGAUGCAUGAUCUAAUGCAUGAUCUUGCUGACUAUGUGAGUGGUAACGAUUGCUCCAUUCUACAAGAACCUUCAUAUCACUAG